GUACAGGGAGAGCUACGAGUACAUGUACUCGCGGCCGUGGAGCAGGGUGGUCGACUUCUAUGCCGAUCUCGUGCGGGCCGGCGGCGGCGCGGCGGGGCUCGCCAAGCUGUUUGGGAAAGAUGAGCAACACCAUGGAGUACGUAUCCGAUGGACUCGGGCCCAACCGCAGGCGUAUACCCCCGUCCGUUUUCCCGUAUGGCCCAUUUUGCCCCCGGCUCUAGAGGUAAAGGGCGUCGGGCCUCCUCUGUCUUCCGCGGCCGACCGCUAUCGUCGUCCUCCUCUGUCCUUCCCCUUUCCCUCGCCGUUGUGCUCCCCAAACCCUAGCUGACGGCGGCGAAUCCAACUCUGGCGCCGGCGGCGAGAAGAACCAAUCCGAAGGCCGUUGCGAUGGACCCUGUAGACCGCAAUGGGUGAUCCGCAGCCGCGCCUUCCGUUGCGCUCUCCGGUGGAGAUGGCGAACGACGACAGCGGGUAUGGAUCUUCCUCCUCCUUUAGUUGCUUAGUGAAUGAUUGUGAGAACGGUAUCAGUAGAUUUGCUUUGGAUUUAGUCUAUCGAUAGUGAUUGAUUCGAUUUCGGGAUUUUUCUCUUGUCGCUAGGGUUUCAUUGUUCUCACUAGCUCUUAAAGUUGAAGGAUUCAGUUCCACAGACAGUAGUGGUAGAAAAGCAUACACAAAAGGACGCGUGAUUAAGUGGGAUGUUGAAGUAGGUUCUUUUUCUUUCGAUUUGCUGAUGAAUAGCCUGCGCAAUGAGUUCCAGUGGUCCAGUAGUCAGUCUGCUAGUGUAUGGUUCUAUGACAAAAGGAUGGGGGAAGAUGUCAAGCUAGAGAAUGAUUUGCAGAUGCAUGACAUUUUCAAAAUGUAUAAGGAUCAGAUGCAAUGCGACUUUAUUGUUGGGGUUUUUGACAGUUGUCAUAGACAGGCUUAUGAGUUUGAUGCUUUAGAGCCACUUUGUGUGAUCCCACCUGUUUAUUUUGGUGAUGAUAACCCUGAUCAGAUCCCACCCAAUAGCAAAGACAUGCCAGCUGGACUUGGUAAUGAUGUUGCCGAUCCAAUUGACCAUAAUUCUGGGGAGGCAGAAUUUUUACCAAUAGAUCCAGAUCCCGAGCUUGAGGCUGACAGGGAGCCUGAUAUCUUUGACAAUAGUGAGGAGUAUGUUGGAGUUGAUGAUGAGGUUCAGUUCAUGCCUGUACCAUCUCCUCGGGCAGCUAACAAUUCAGCCCCAGAAUCAUCUAACAAUGCUGAAUAUCCUUCUUUUCAUGAUGCUGAUGAAUUUGAUGGGGUUCCCAAUGCUGAAGGAGAAACUCCUCCUGAGGCAGAGGUAAAUGAUGCAGAUCCAGAGGAGGUUCAGGUUAUCCAUGAUCCAGAAAACCCCAAGAUAGAAGUGGGAGAAAGGUUUCCUGAUAUUGUUGCAUUUAGGAAGGCAGUUAGGCAUUAUGCAGUUCUGACAGGGUUUGAGUUUGACAAGGUCAUCACAGACCAGACUAGGUUCAUUGCCAAGUGUAAAGCUGAAGGAUGUCCUUGGCGCAUACAUGCUUCAAGAAUCUCUCAUGGCAAGACAAUAGAGAUCAAAGUAUUGCCUGCAAAGCACAAUUGUCCAACUACUAAACUGAGAGAAGGGAGAAUGGCAACACAAGGCUGGUGUGCAGAUAGGUUGGGGGAUUGGCUGAAGAGAAAUCCAACUAAAGGUCCAAAGGAUUGUAAGGAAAAAUUAGAGGGGGAUUAUGGUAUCAAGCUCAAGUACUCCAAAGCAUGGUCAGGCAUGAAGGUAGCACUAGAGCAGAUUCAUGGAAAGUAUGAGGAGAAUUUUCAGCUUCUUUUCAACUGGAAAGCUCAGAUUGAGCAGUCAUCACCUGGCAGCAUAGUGCAGAUAGAGUGUGAGAGGGUUCAGAAGAAGCAAAGGUUCAGGAGAAUGAUUGUAGCUCUUAGACCUUGUAUUGAUGGAUUCCUAGAGGGGUGCAGACCAUUUAUAGGUGUUGAUGCAUCCAAUUUGUAUGGCAAGUACAGAGGACAGUUGGCAUCCGCAACUGGUGUAGAUGGCCACAAUUGGCUGUAUCACAUUGCAUAUGCAAUUUUUGAUAAAGAGAAUGAGGACAACUGGGUUUGGUUCAUGGAACAGUUGCACAGAGCCAUUGGCAAUGUUCCAAACCUAGUUAUUUGUACAGAUGCUUGUAAAGGUCUAGAGACAGCAGUUGGAGCUGUAUUCCCUAAUGCUGAAAAUAGGGAAUGCAUGAGGCACCUGUACCAGAAUUUUAUGAAGCAGUACAUAGGUGAUGUCUUCACUGAUCACCUGUAUCCAGCUGCUAGGAACUACACAACUGGAAUGUUCCAGUGGCACAUGAAGAAAAUAUUUGAGUUUGCACCUGACACAAUUAAGUAUCUGGAGACACACCACAGUAGAAUAUGGUAUAGAUGUGGGUUCUCUGAAAACAGCAAGUGUGAUUACUUGACCAAUAAUGUGUCAGAGAGUUUCAAUGCUCAAGUGAAGAAGUUCAAAGGGUUGCUGUUGCAUGAACUAGUAGACAAGCUGAGGGAGCUCAUAAUGGAAAAGAGAUACUUGAGAAAGAAACUGGCUAGGCAGUGGCCAGAAGGAAUUCUGCCUAAUGUCAUGAAAGAAUUGAAUCUGAUUAGCAACCAGCUUAAGGUCAUAAAAGUUACAGUGAGUGAUGAUUACAUAGCUGAAGUCACCAUUUUGGACCAUUGGAACAAACAAAAACGGCACACAGUGGACCUGCAGAAUCACAAAUGCUCUUGCAGGGAGUGGCAAGUUACUGGGAAGCCAUGUAGACAUGCUUUGGCCUGGAUAUUGUCUAAUAGGGGGAUCAAAAUUGAAGACUAUGUCCAUGAGUACUACUCAGUGGCUAGGUUCAAGAAAGCUUAUGAAGCCAGAGUUGAGGGAAUACCAGAUAGGUCCCAGUGGCCUCAAGUGGAUCUUGGUUUCAAAGUGCAUCCACCAUUGUUGGGCAAAGGACCAGGGAGGCCAAAGGUGCAAAGGAUUAGAGGGUGCAUGGAAAAAAGAACCACAAAGAAAAAGGUUAAAUGCAGCAGAUGCCGUGCACUAGGCCAUUUUGCAAAAACUUGCAAAGAGCCAGAGGUUGGUGAAGAUGGCGCAAAAGGGUUGAGCAGGAAUAAAAGGAAGAAGUGCACAGAAGAUGAUGCUGGCCCCUCCAACGUGAAGAAACAGAAGACUCAACAGAAAAAGAAAGGUACCCCCAAAAAGAAGAAGACCCCUGCAAAGAAGAAGCAAAAGAGGGCAGAGGCAAACCCACCUCCCACUGUUGUCACCAGCAUCCGAAAAUUAGUGUUUGAAGGACAGUUUGCAUGAGAGUGUUGUGUUAUAUGCCUCCAUGCUUUGGCUUUUGGGACAAAAAUUGUAAGGUUAUGUUGUGCUUUUGGACACAAAAACUUGUAAUGUGUCUCCUUAUGCUUCUGGCCACAAAACUUGUAAUGUCUGUGUACUAGAAUUCUGUUAAGUCUGUGAUUUGGAUAUCUGAGACACAAGUGAUGUCAAAUAUUUAUGUCAAAUAUUUCUGUCAACUAUAUCAUGACCAAGUGAUGUCAAA